CCGCAAGAGCAUCGCUGAACACAAAAGGCGAUCUCGGUGCCUACUGCUAUUGCGUCGCUGUCCUUUUCCUUGAAUAUAUUGUUCCUUGAACCUUAGCUCUGAUCUGCCUUUAGGCUUAUCUCCAACAGUCUCAUUGCCUCGAACACUCUGCGUGUGUGCGACAUCGAAAUUCCGCGAUUGCAGCUCUUCCGGAGCACACGAACGUAAACAUGGAUUUUGAAUCGAUGAAAGAACAGUGGAGUGAUAUUGAAGACCGAGAUGGUGUUCGCCUCAGCUGGAAUACUUUUCCUAGCUCCCGCAUGGAGGCAUCAAGAUUGGUCGUCCCAAUUGGUGCUUUGUACACACCGUUGAAGGAAAAGACUGAUACGCCGCUCCUUCAAUAUGAACCUGUCUCCUGCAAGCCGCCAUGUCGUGCUGUUUUGAACCCAUACUGUCAGGUUGAUAUGCGUGCUAGACUUUGGAUAUGCCCAUUUUGUCUACAACGAAAUGGUUUACCGCCUCACUACAAAGACAUUUCUCAGGAUGCCAUACCCCCAGAACUGCACCCUAACAGCACCACGAUCGAAUACCGGCUGGCUCGACCUGCUUCGUCGCCCCCCAUUUUUGUUUUCGUCGUUGAUACCUGCCAAGAGGAAGAUAGUUUGAAGGCAUUGAAGGAUUCGAUUAUUAUGAGCUUGAGCUUACUGCCUCCAUACGCUCUGGUUGGAUUGAUCACGUAUGGCACUACGGCCCAGGUACAUGAACUGGGUUACUCUGCGUGCGCAAAGUCAUAUGUUUUCCGAGGCAGCAAGGACUAUACAGCAAAACAGGUACAAGAAAUGCUUGGACUAGCGUCUCCAGGCAUGCGACCGAAUAUGCCACCCCAACCCGGAAGAGCACCACCUCCUAUGGGACCUGCGGCACGCUUCCUCCUCCCCGUUGAAUCCUGCGAAUUUCAGCUCACGAAUGCCUUGGAGCAAUUGCAAAAGGACCCUUGGCCAGUGGCCAACGACAAACGUGCGCUUAGGUGUACCGGUGUCGCCCUCAGUGUCGCUGUUGGUCUGUUGGAGACUUCUUUCGCAAACACGGGUGCGCGCGUAAUGCUAUUCACAGGUGGUGCCGCUACAGAGGGGCCCGGUAUGGUUGUUGGACCUGAGCUAAGAGAACCGAUCCGAUCACAUCAUGAUAUAGACCGGGACAACAUCAAGUACUACAAGAAGGCCUUGAAAUUCUACGACGCAUUAGCAAAGCGGACAGCGCAUAACGGCCAUAUCAUCGAUAUUUUCGCUGGUUGCCUCGACCAAGUUGGUCUUUUGGAAAUGAAAGGUCUGGCCAAUUCCACUGGAGGCCACAUGAUUUUGACCGAUAGCUUCACGUCCUCGAUGUAUAAACAAUCUUUCGCAAGGGUAUUCGACAAGGACGCAGACGAUAACUUAUUGAUGGGAUUCAACGCAUCGCUUGAGGUUCUUACAACGAAGGAGCUAAAAGUCACGGGUUUGAUCGGACACGCGGUCUCGAUGAACAAGAAGUCCGCAUCAGUAGGUGAAACAGAAUGUGGCAUUGGUAACACCUGCUCAUGGAAGAUGUGUGGUAUCGAUCCUAGUGCCAGCUACGGUAUCUACUUUGAGAUCGCUGGCCAGGGUGGACCAAAUCAAAUGCAACAAGGACCACAGAAGGGCAUGAUGCAGUUCCUCACAUACUACCAGCAUUCUUCUGGACAAUAUCACCUAAGAGUGACUACCGUGGCAAGAAACCUAAGUGGUCCAUCAGGCGAUCCUGCGAUCGCUCAGUCAUUCGACCAAGAAGCCGCAGCAGUACUCAUGUCGCGGAUAGCUGUCUUCAAGGCUGAAGUUGAUGAUGGCCCAGACGUCCUUCGCUGGGUUGACCGCAUGCUCAUCCGCCUCUGCUCAAGAUUUGCGGAGUACAGGAAAGAUGAUCCUUCUUCCUUCAGACUGGAGAAAAAUUUCACCCUGUAUCCUCAAUUCAUGUUCCACCUGCGCCGAUCACAAUUCCUACAAGUUUUCAACAAUUCCCCCGAUGAGACUGCUUUCUACCGCCAUGUCCUGAACCACGAAGAUGUCAGUAAUUCCCUAAUCAUGAUUCAACCAACUCUGGAUUCAUAUGGAUUUGACCACGAAGGCGGCCAGCCUGUUCUGCUCGACUCUACCUCGAUUCAGUCUGAGACGGUUCUCUUGCUCGAUACCUUCUUUCACAUUCUUAUCUUCCACGGUGAGACGAUGGCCGAAUGGAGGAAAGCUGGAUAUCAGGAUCAAGAGGGUUACGAUAGCUUCAGGACUCUACUGGAGUCUCCCAAAGAAGACGCAAAGGAACUCAUCCAAGAUCGCUUCCCUCUACCUCGAUUCAUCGUUUGUGAUGCUGGUGGCUCGCAAGCUCGUUUCCUCCUUUCGAAACUCAAUCCCAGUACGACACAUACUACUGGAUCAUAUGGUGGCGUCAGCCAAAGUGCGCAAACCAUUUUUACAGAUGAUGUGUCGUUGCAAACGUUCAUGGAUCACUUGAUGAAGUUGGCAGUUUCCGGUACUGGGUAGAUGAGAAGCAAGAAUAAAGCAGCGAUGGGUCCUGCCGCUUGUACACUGAUUAUAAGCUCAAGAAUAAUAUCAUUAUGGUUUGGACGGUGUAGCAAUAUGAAGCAGUGCUAA